AUGGUUGGCAAACUCAAGCAGAACCUGCUGCUGGCAUGCCUGGUGGUCAGCUCAGUGACAGUCUUCUACCUGGGCCAGCACGCCAUGGAGUGCCACCACCAGAUGGAGGAGCGCAGGCAGAUAGCCCGCCCGGAGCCGGUCAGGGCCACUUUGAGAGCUGGUUUGGGUUCGCCAGAGAACGCCACCUUGGCCUACCACAAAGACAUGCCCUUGAUCUUCAUCGGAGGGGUCCCUCGAAGUGGCACCACCUUGAUGCGGGCGAUGCUGGACGCUCACCCGGACAUCCGCUGCGGGGAAGAGACGCGGGUGAUCCCCCGGAUCCUGGCCGUCAAGCAGAUGUGGGCUCGGUCGAGCAAGGAGAAGAUCCGGCUCGAUGAGGCCGGCGUCACGGACGAGGUCUUGGAUUCGGCUAUGAGGGCGUUCUUACUGGAGAUCAUUGUGAAGCAUGGGGAGCCAGCCCCGUACCUGUGCAAUAAGGACCCCUUUGCCCUCAAGUCCCUGGCGUACCUCGCCCGGAUCUUCCCCAACGCCAAGUUCGUCUUGAUGGUGCGGGACGGCCGGGCCUCCGUCCACUCCAUGAUCUCCAGGAAGGUCACCAUCGCUGGCUUUGACCUCAGCAGCUACAGGGACUGCUUGACCAAGUGGAAUCGGGCCAUAGAGACCAUGUAUAACCAGUGCCUGGAGGCUGGCUUGGACCGUUGCAUGAUGGUCCAUUACGAGCAGCUUGUCUUGCACCCCGAGAGGUGGCUACAAACUCUCCUCAAGUUCCUCCACAUCCCGUGGGACCCUGCCGUUUUGCACCACGAAGAAAUGAUUGGGAAAGCCGGGGGCGUCUCCCUCUCAAAGUGAGUCGGUUCCUCCCUGGGGUGGGGCAUCCCUUGAGGGUUUUCCAGAAAAUCUUUAUAGGGAGAAAAUUAUCUUAAGGUGGUGUAGGGGUCCUUUUGGAGCCACUUUUUCUUGGAGGGAAUCUUCUGUGGGGCACAUAGGGGUGGCAAAAUUUUCGCAUCUGGCGACCAAUGCUGGUUUCAGAUAGUACAUGGGUAGAUGAGUCUAAAUAGCUCUGGACACAAAUAUUCAUGGCCCCCUAGCGGUUAUGGUGGCUCAUUUACCAGACGUAAUGUGUUUAGCAUUAACUCUGGAAGUCUAUAGUUUGGUCAGAAUCGAGUGGCAUUUUUAGAGUUCUUCAAAAACAUGCAUACUUCGUGCCUGACUGACCAUCCACUGUAUUGUGUGUAUCGUAGCUAUAAAGUCUGCACACCAGGGUGAAUCGUUAUUGCUAACACUCCUGAAAUACUUGCAACCCUACACAGACUAUGAAUCCCACCAAGCUAGUUCUAACACAGAUGCAUCCAUUUCCCUCAUAAACCACUAUUAAACUAAACUCUUUCCUAGCACUGACAGAACAUAAGAUGUAGUGAGACUGCGCACCUUUCGCACAACAUCUAAUGCAUGUGCUCCAUUCACACAGCCCUAAAAUCUGCCCCUGCUGGGGAUAGUUUUAGGGGGCGGGGGGGGCAUUCAGCUAUUGGGCCUGAACUUCCCCACGCCGCUGCUGCAGAUAGUUUGGUUCUACAAUAUACAAUAUCUUUAUUGUCAUUGUCCCAUACAGAACAAUGAAACUGAAAAUAUAAGCAUUUUAAUUUUGCUUACCUUUCGUAAGUAAGUACCAUUUUACGUUCUGUAUAAAUCUCCACCCCCGCCCUGCUUUACUUCGGUCAUAUUUGAUUAGGAAAAAGAAACUUAUAAUGUGGUUUCCGUAGUAGUCUGAAAGGGCAGGGGAAAGACUUUUGAGAUGGGCUUGUCUGAAAGGCUUUUUGAGGUUGGUUCUGGCGUUGAGCACAAAUCCCCAUGCUCGGUGUAUGCUCAGAGGCACCCCAAACCCUAAUGCUGUUCACAUGUGUGCCUGGCUGAGUUAAUGAUAUUAUACUUGGUUCUGAGUGGUGGGCACUGGGGUUCCAGUAAAGGCUGAAGGAGGAGGUCCCACGGGCUGGAAAUCUGCCCUCCCCUGAUGAUUGUGAUUGGCACUCUUGAGAGACACCCCCUAGCAGUGAGGACUUCCAGGCCAAGGUUUGGAACUUCUUCUGGCUUGGGAUGCUUCACCACGAAGCUGUCUUUGAUACUUCUCUGUCUGCAGCCCUUGUAGGCUGCUAAAUCCCACCUUUGAAGAGGUGGAAGGGUCCUCUCUUUGUGGGGUUCCAGCCUGUUUUGGAGCCAUGCAUGAACAGCACAGUUGGCUCAGUGGCACGGCAUCUCCUUUGCAUAUGGACAGGGCAUUCUCAUUCUCCUGCCCUGCCACCUGCAUGUGAUAAAAAUAGAUCUCUUUGGGUGCCUCUCAUCUUAGCUGGGGGCUGGCAGGAUUGGGAGGAAAAUGCCAUUUGAGGAACUUCUCUUGAUCAGCCUUGCAGAGACCCAGAUCUCAAUCAAGUGGCUUGAGGCGGUACUUAAAAGCAGUUUCCAUGGGCUAAUCAAGCUCAUUAAGACAGUUUGCAAAAUAUAUGUGUGUGUCUUUUGGGGUAGAAGAACAGGGGAAGAGUUAAAAGAGGGAAAAGGGAGCCCAGUUCAUUCCUCCCUUCUCUCUCUAAUGAUUCCAUCCAUCUCCCAUUACGAAACAAUAUUUACUUUGAGCUCAGUGGCCUUUGCUGGCGUGUUCCAGCCUGAGCUGUUUUCUGGCCUCUGGAUAACCAGGCCUUCUUGCAUUUGUCGCUCUGGGCGACUCCGCAGCCCUCUAGCAAUUUCCGGGCGUGUUUUUCCUAUCUCCCACGAGCUUGCUUCGAAAGCUGGCGCAAGGGCGUCCAAAAGGAGGCUUUUCACAGGGAAGGGGUUGGCACCAGCGCGGAUCAGCACGGGACUCUCUGUGGCUUGGGGGCAUCGCCAGCGUGGCUGCUGGCAGGCUGUCUUGCCAUAGCUGAGUGCUGAAAAAUUCUGGCAUUUGCCCUCUCCUUGAUGGAAAACAUCUGUGUCUGCAGCAGCCUCUGAAGGGGGGGGGAGCUGUCAUUUCCCCCGGAGAGGAUCUGGGCCAAGUUUCCUUUUCAUUACUGUAAGCAAAACCCACAAAUCUGCAAGAAGGAAUGUGCAACGUUUGUGUGUGUGUGUGUGUGUGUGUGUGUGUGUGUUGGUUUCUUCACUUGCUUAUCUUCUCUUAGGAUGUGGCGAUGGGGGUGUGUGGUGUCUGGAUUUUAGUCUGUUCAUCUAUUAUUAUAAGAAGAACUCUUGCUUCCUACAUCAGACUGACCAGAUGCUACGAGGAAACCUACUAGCCAGAGUCAUCUCCUGCUCUCGCUCAUUCAUUCUAGGACGGGGAUGGAGAGAGACUCUGCUCCCAUCCUCCUUUUUGAGUUUUGCAUUUGUUCCCCCACUCAGCCUGGGCUGCUGUGAAAGUGUAGCACCAUAUUGACAAUCCAUUAAGGGAGCUCUGUGUCCAAGAUCAUCAGAAUGCCUGGGAUUCUAUUUUAAUCUGCUGUGAAAUCCAAAGAUUGGCAGUUCAGGGCAAAGUUUCUGUCUGGAGCAGUGCUUUACCUUGGCAGAUGCAAGUUCCCAAAGCUGACGUUGGCUGAGUAGUGAGAGGGAGAGUGGUGUCUCUAGGCAGGGCUGGGAGGGAACCCUGUCUAAACCCUGGGGAACCAUGCUGCCAGUCCGUGUAGGCACGACUGAGCUGGAUGGGUCCAAUAAGGCAGUUUCCUGUGUUUGGAAAGGAAGGCAACUCCAACCCCCUCCAAAUUCUCCUGCUCCUAGCUGUGGUCUCCCUCUUUGCUGGGUUUAUCUCUGGCCUCUUAAGUCAUCCAUAGAAGAAAUUGUGAUGUGUGAGCCUUCCUCUGCCCUGGAAAAGUGUGUGUGGUUUAAACUAAUUCAUGGAGGGAAAAGCUGGGAUAAGUGGCUGCUAGCCAUGAUGUCUAUGCUCUGCCUUCGCUGUCAGAGGCUUCUGAAUGUCAGCUGCAGGAGGAGAGAGGGCUCUUGUGCUCAGGUCAUGCUUGUGGGUUUCCCUUUGAGGCACCUGGUUGGCCACUGUGAGAACAGGGUGUGGACCAGAUGGGCCUGAUCCAGCAGCCUCUUCUUAUGCACCUUUGGGAAAGCUUCCAAGCCACUGUAUUCUCCAGAAUAUACAGAGCAAAUCUAUGGGCUCUGGGUUGCUGUGGUUUUUCUGUAGCUGCCUUGAUGUAUUUUUUCCCAGCAGGCUUCUCUUAAGUGUGCAAAUAAAAUCCAGUGUUUUGAUCAAUACAGUCAUACCUUGGGUUACAGCCGCUUCAGGUUGCGUUUUUUUAGGUUGCGGACCACCGAAACCCGGAAGUACAGGAAAGGGUUACUUCCAGGUUUCAGCGGUCGCACAUACGCAGAAGCACCGAAUCGCAACCCGUGCGUGUGCACACACGGGUUGCAAACGCUGCAGGUCACGAAUGUGCAUCCCGCACAGAUCAUGUUCGCAACCCGAGCGUCCACUGCACCUGGAAAUACAUUUACGUAUUGCAUGUAUAUCCCACCUUUUCUUCCAAGGAUCACAGGGUGGUGUACAGGUGUUCUCCCUCUCAUUCAACCCUCACAACACCCCUGUGAGGUAGGUUAGGCUGAGAGGCAGUGAGUGGCCCAAGGUCACCCAGCUGAGCAUUGUGGCCAAAUUUGGGAGGUGGAGGUGGGGUUGAACCCUGGUCUCCUGGGUCCUAGUGCAACACACCAACCACAGCACCAUACUGGCUUUAAAUGUGAUCUUUUUUUUUUUUUUAAUCCUUUCUUUUGCAGAGUUGAAAGAUCUACCGACCAAGUAAUCAAGCCAGUGAACGUGGAAGCUUUGUCAAAAUGGGUGGGGAAGAUCCCCGAUGAUGUCCUUCAUGACAUGCCUGUGAUCGCUCCGAUGCUGGCAAAACUUGGCUAUGACCCCUAUGCCAACCCCCCUAACUACGGGAAGCCGGAUCAGAAAGUUUUGGAAAACACCAGAAGGGUAACAGACAAGGCUUAUUGUUACUAUAAUACUGUUAUUUACCUAGAAUGAUACACUGCACUGUUGGCAAAACUGAAGCAUUUGCCCCAAGGAGCAUGCAGUUAGCAUUUGACGUAUCUUCAUAGUCUUCCACACUCCCCUGCCCCCUCAAAAAAGAGAAAGUGCUUGUGUCAAUUUUUAUGGUCUUUUCUUUAAAUUCAUUAAAGCUUUUCAAGUUUCAAGUGGCUUUUAAACAGGCUUAUUUUUUCUGUUUCUUGAUUAUUUUUUUUAGCUUGAUGCUUUGUUUCGCUGCUGAUAUUUGUUAUCUGAGUUGAGCAUCUUUGUAAUAGUUUUUGUUCUUUUGUUAAGUUGCCACAUUCAUCCUGUCUGAAAGGUACUUGAGAGAAACACAUAUUUCCCAAGGAGCUUACAGCAGCCUCCAUUUUAGCUCCAUAAAAACCCCGUAAAGUCAAUAUGGUGAGAGGUAGUGACUGGGCCAGAGGGACACGGGUGGCGCCUAGUCCAGAGCCUAGGACUUGCCGAUCAAAAGGUCGGCGGUUCGAAUCCCCGCAACGGGGUGAGCUCCCGUUGCUCAGUCCCUGCUCCUGCCCACCUAGCAGUUCGAAAGCACGUCAAAGUGCAAGUAGAUAAAUAGGUACCACUCCAGCGGGAAGGUAAAUGGCGUUUCUGUGUGCUGCUCUGGUUCACCAGAAGCGGCUUAGUCAUGCUGGCCACAUGACCCAGAAGCUGUACGCCGGCUCCCUCGGCCAAUAAAGCGAGAUGAGCACCGCAACCCCAGAGUCGUCCGCUACUGGACCUAACGGUCAGGGGCCCCUUUACCUAGUGACUGGGCCAAGGUCACUCAGUGAACUCCGCGGCUUGUGGGGGGGCUAUGAACCCGCAUUUAACCAUAUCACUGCACCAGCUCUUAAUUAAAUCAAAACUUGUGUUUAAAAAGGUUUAAAAGCGUGCUUGUUUUCUUUGAAGGUCUACAAAGGAGAAUUUCAACUUCCUGACUUUCUCAAAGGAGUGCCACAGGUAAGGCGCCUUGGAAGCAUUCGUCUUGCCUGUUGCACUAUAAAUAUUUUUGGCCCUGUCCAUCAACUCAUUUGGAGGACCUUUCUUCACCUUAAUUGAAUUUGAGCUAAUGGAGAAUUUAAAAAGACAUGACACAUGAGGUUGGGGGGGGGAAGCAACAGGAGGGCAGAGGAAAAAGCAAGCUCGGGUACAAAUUCUUUUAAAGGUUUACAGUUCAGAUUACCAACCCGCCUUUGGAAAUAUAACACACAAUACUAUUCUCCUGUGAAAUGAACUCCUUUUUUUAAAACCACUUGGUCAAACUUGAGGUGAGAGCUUUCGUUCCAUCCUUAAAUGAGCCGUGGCCCUUUCUUCUCAUUGCAGCUGCGGAAGACUGUAGAAAGGAAGCCCCAGGCCAAGAUAAAAUGAUUGAGGAGCUGAUGUGAAAGUAUAGUAGUGUGUGGUGUCUGUCUUGUGUUUCCCCAAACACGGACCCCCGCCCCCCAUUUUUGGCUGCAGGCACUGGAAUUCUUCGCCCCCAGCUCCUUUCAUUCAUGUGCAUGUAUGUGUGUGUCUCUGUGUUUCACCUGCUUGGUACACACAGGGAGGUAGUUCCUUUGGUCUCUGCUGUCCCUCUGGGCCUCCCUGCCUUGGCUGGCUGUUUCUAACCUGAAGCUGUAGAGGAGCUGCCCCGUUUGGCUUCAUAUGCUGCCUUGGCUCUGCUCCGCUCCAAACUUUGUGUGCUCAUCACCCCCAUAAAAUAAAGUGUUGCAGAAGCUGUGUAUUUUCAUUAGAAUUGGCAUCUAAGUAAAGUCUCUUUCUCUCUUUUUUUUUAGUUCAUCUGUCCCCCUAUAGUCUCAUUCAACAAAUCCUGUCUCUUAUGGAGCCAAAAAUAACUAUUAUUUACGGCAGCCUUUGGCAAAUGGGGGCACUCCAGACGUUGUUGUUGGACUACAACUCCCAUCAGCCCCCAGACAGGAACUGUGGCAAAACAGUAUGCUGGUCUAGACAGAACUGGCAGAGCCCUUUGUAUGCUCUUAUUAACAGACCUUUUUUGUUCCCGUCUGCUUUUAAGUAAGAUGGUUCAUAAGGAGCUCUUGCACUGAUUGUUCCCCAGCACCUGCUCUUCUGGGGUAGACUGUCUCUGCAGUGGGAUGUUCCAUUUAGUCACCUAAACCCCAAACCACCAAUAGACUACUUCCCCCUCAUUUCCAUGCAUUUCUAUUGUCCUGUUAUUUACCGUAUUUUUCGCCCCAUAGGACGCACCUAGUUUUUUUGGGGGGGGGGGAAAUAAAGAAAAAAAAAUUUAUUCCCCCUCCAGGCACGGGGGAAGUCUGAGCUUCCCCCGACCCCAGCCCCCAGAACAGGCUGCUGCCUGCAAGCCUUGCGAGCCUGGCGCACAAGGCUUGCUGACAUCUGCCCGAAGCAUGGGGCUGGCUCCGCAGCUCGCCCCGUGCUUCGGGAUGCAGGCUGCCGCCCCAAGCCUUGUGCGCCUGGCGGGACCUCCCGCUGGGCGCGCAAGGCUUGCGGAUAGCUUCCUGAUAGCUUGCGGUGCGCACCGACGCCUCUCGCUCUCCAGGCUUCAGCGAAAGCCUGCAUUCGCCCCAUAGGACGCACACACAUUUCCCCUUCAUUUUUGGAGGGGGAAAAGUGCGUCCUACAGGGCGAAAAAUACGGUACAUUGCUGGCCGUCACUAAACUUUGCGGCAGUGAGUUUCAUAAACUCAUUCUGCGUGAAAAGCAUAAUUGAAUUGUUACCGGUCAGUUUUAUGGGGUGACAACCCCCUCACUGGUAUUUGCCUUUUUCCUUUUCCUGUUUACUAACAAGCAUAAUUGAUUUUAAUGGACAGCUGGUAUUUACUUGUGAAAUUAAUGUGCCUUCCAUCUCUCUCUCUCUCUCUCUCUCUCUCUCUCUCUCUCUAGGCUGAUGUGCUGAAAUAG